AUGAACACCUUUGGUUAAAAUAUAAAAGAAGAUUUUAUUAUUGAAAAUGGAUUUGUAUGUGUAAAUCAUAGUAGUUUUGGUUUUGUACCUAAAUAGGUUUUUUAGUUAAGAAUACAACAUUAUACAAAAUUUUUAUAAAAUCCUGAUAGAUUCACAAAAAUAGAUUAUCCUAAAUACACAAUAGAAAUUAGAAAGACAGCUGCAGAAUUUCUAAAUGCUGAUUUUAAUUAAUGUAUGUUAACUAGUAAUUCUGCUGAAGCCUUUAAUAGUAUCAUAAGAAGUAAUUUUCAUAUUUUCAUUAUUAGAUCUUGGACUAACAGAAAAUGAUACAAUCUUAUAUUUCAGUACUGCAUAUCCAAUGGUUUAAAAUACAAUCUAAUUCAUGACUUCCAAUUACAAUGUUAAGUAAAAUAGGAUUGAAUUAAAAAGACAACAUUUGGAAAAAUAAAAAAUCUUAUCCUUAUUUGAAAGUAAUAAGAUUUGUUUAUAACUUAUAGAAUAACUCAAAACACAGAAAAUUACAAUUGCAGUUUUUGAUAAUAUAUCAGCAUAACCAUCUUUAAUAAUGCCUAUUAAAGAAUUAAUAUCGUUAUGCAAAAAAUAUAAUGUAAUAAGUAUAGUUGAUGCUGCACAUGGUGCUGGAAUAACAGUUUUAGAUAUCAAAGAUUUAGAUCCAGACUUUCUAUUUACUAAUUUUAAUAAAUGGGCAUUUUGUCCUUCAGGCAUUAAUAUUUUAUAUUUGAAAGAACAAUAUUUAAAUAAAAUUCAUCAUAAUACAAUUUCUGUUAAUUAUGGAAAUGGUUUGGCAAAAGAAUGUGAAUUUUCUGGUACAAAAGAUUUUAGCUUAUCACUUUCUUUGAUUGAUGGAGUUAAUUUUAUUAAAAAAUAUGGAUUAAAUUAAAUAAUUAAAUAUUCUGAAGAUUUAGCUUGGGAAGGAGCUAAUUUGGUUGCACAAAUUUGGUAAACAGAAUUAUUAGUAAAUGAUAAAUCUAUGCAUUCAGCUAUGGUAAAUGUUAGAAUACCUCAUUAAGAUCAAAAUUAUUGCAGAGAAUGUCAAAAAAAGGUAAAUUAUAUUAAUGAAUAUGUAGUGUUUUGAAAAAUAUAAUGUAUUUUUGGUAGUAUUUAAGUAUGAUGAUUUAAAUUGGUCAAGAUUAUCUGCCAGUUUAUAUAACACAAUAGCAGAUUAUGAAUAUGCAGCUAGAUGUUAUUUGAAAGUCUUGAAGGGAGAAGAAUGA